AUGAACGAUGAAAAAAAAAAAUUAUUACCAAAUGAAGGUCAAUCUUAUACAAAGGAAAAAUCAUCAAAUGACUUCUCAUCAUCAUCAUCCGUCUCAUUUGUUCAAUUGUUUCGCUAUGCUGAUCAAUUAGAUAAAUGUUUAUUAAUUGUUGGUUUGAUCUCAUCUGUUAUUCAGGGAUUUCUCUUUCCAAUGAUCAUUUAUUAUAUGGGUUGUCUUUGUGGAUUAAUUGUUCAAGAAGUUUAUAAUCAAUGUUUAGUUCUGAAAACAUCUCAAUGUCCUCAUGGAAUUGAAAUUCAUUACGGAAAUUUGUUCAAUAUUUCCAAAUUCUGUACAAAUCAAAAUAUUCAAUUGAGAAAUUUUCAGGAAAAUGAUCGCGACUUUUAUGAAAAGAUUUUUCAUUUGGCAAUGAAAUUAACCCUCUUUGCGUGUUUUCAAUUUCUUGUUUCAUCAAUUAAUUCCGUGACUUUUAUGAGCUCAAGUAAACGACAAACGAAUCGAAUACGACAAUUAUUGUUCAAGAAAAUCAUUAAUAAAAAUUUAACAUAUUUUGAUAAACAUUCGAAUUGUGAAUGGUUUAUCAAAUUAUUAUCAAAUAUUGAUCGAAUUUCAUUGGGAAUUGGAGACAAAUUAUCCACUUUUCUUACAACAUCGUUAUAUUCUUUCUUUGGAUUGUCGAUUUGUUUAUUUGUCUAUUGGCCAUUGGCAAUUUUAUCAUUUCUCAUCAUAUUUCUCAAUUUUAUUCUUAUUGGUUAUUUGGCAAAGGUCAUAUUAGAAGUAUCAAUUGAAGAAAUGCGUGCAUACGCCACAGCGGGAAGCGUUGCUCAAGAAGGAUUAGGUGCUCUACGUACUGUUCUCGCAAAUAAUGCUGUUGGAUUAAUCAUCAAUCGUUAUACAAAUCAUUUGGAUUUGAUUCGUCAAUAUACAAUAAAGAAAAGUGUUUUUGUUGGAUUAAUCUUUAGUUUAUUAAAAAUCAUGUUAUAUUUAUUUUAUAUCAUUUGUCUUUUAACUCUGGUAUUUCUCUUUUUUCAACUUUCCGAACAAAAUCGCCCAACAAUUAAUGAUGCUUUAUUAAUUUUAUCAAUGUCGGGAAUUUGUCUUGUUCUAAUCAAUCAAGCGGCAGCAUCUUGUGUAUUUCUAAGUGAAGCCAAAGCUGCUGCUGUGGAUGUGUUUUCGAUAUUAGAUGAAGAUGAUUCAACAGAUGAUGACGAGGAAAGAGAAUUGUUGACGAACGCUUUGUUUAAUACGAUCGAAUUUUAUCACGUGAGUUUUGCAUAUCCAACAAGAUCAAAUAUCGAUGCGCUCAAAGAUAUGAAUCUGAGUUUCGAACGAGGAAAGAUGAUCGCCUUAGUUGGACAUAGUGGAAGUGGGAAAAGUUCGUGUUUACAAUUAUUAACGCGAUUUUAUCAAGUUACAUCUGGUGAAAUUCGUCUAGAUGGUACAAAUAUUCAAAAUUAUAAUAAAAAAUGGUUAAGGGAAAACAUCGCAAUGGUCAAUCAAGAUACCGCGAUUUUUUCAACGACGAUUUUUCAUAAUAUUCAAUAUGGAAAUUGCAAAGCAACAGAAAAUGAUGUGAUCGAAGCAGCAAAACAAGCCAAUGCUCAUUCUUUUAUCAUGACAUUACCGGAUAAAUAUGAAACAUUAAUUGGUGAAAAAGGUUUGAAUUUAUCGGGUGGAGAACGACAACGGAUUGUUUUAGCACGUGCGUUGAUUCAAAAAGCACCUAUUUUAUUAUUGGAUGAACCAACAAGUGCGUUGGAUAAUCAAAGUGAAAGACUUUUCCAACAAACACUCUCUCAAUUAUCUUCAAAUCGUUUAAUUUUAAUUGUUGCACAUCGUUUAUCAACAAUUCGUCAUUGUUCGUGUAUUUAUGUGUUAGAAGAUGGAGAAAUUCUGGAAUUCGGUGAUCAUGAUACUCUUGUCGAAAGACGAGGAGCAUAUUUUCGAUUAAUUCAAGCUCAAAAACAAGAAAAUAUUGAAACAAUUCAAUCGGAUUUGUUCAAUGAUGAAAAUCAAAAAUUCAAAGAUGACGAAUUAGUCACGAAAACUUCGAUUGAGAGUGCCGGUCAAGUACAUCAUGCAAAAUCAUCUCGUUCGAAAUAUCCAAUGUUCACUUUGCUUCGAAUGGCGCAUCCAGAAUUGUAUUAUAUUCUUCUUGGUUCGAUUUUUUGUUUUAUCUAUGGUGGACUUGAUGUCGGAUUUUCUUUAUUACUCGGAUAUUCAGCUAAGACAUUUCAAGAAUGUGACACUGAAAUUCAACAAAAUACGACCAAAUGGAUUUGUCUAAGUUUUGUUUUCUUGGCCAUAAUGACAUUUUUGUUGAAUUUAUUAUCACAUUUAAAUCUGGCAAUUGCAGGUGCAUCGUUUAUUCGAAGACUUCGUAUUCGAGCAUUAACAGCGUAUUUUCAACAAGAAAUGGAUUGGCAUGAUCGACUAGAGAAUAACAGUGCCGCACUUUGUGUUCGUCUUUGUACAGAUGCUGAUGAUAUUAAAAGAUUGUUCAAUGUUCGAAUUGUAUUUGUAUUACAAGCAGCAGGAACACUUUUAAUCGGUUCAAUCAUUGGUUUCGUUAUCAAUUGGAAAUUAAUGUUCAUCGUAGUGAUUCAAUUAGUGAUUUUUAUCAUCGCUGUCGUGGAAAUGAUUUCUAUAACACAACGACAUUAUAUCAAACAUAAUCAGAUAAUGGAACAAGCCACAACAUUAGUUGUCGAAUGUUUGACAAAUAUUCGUGUUGUUCAUCAAUUGAGAAAAACCGAAGAUUUCUCUGUUAAAUACAAUUCAUUAAUCGAUCAAAUGACGAUAAGAAAAGAAGUUUAUUUUCUUAUUGGAUUUUUAUCAGGAAUUCGACAUUCCAUUGGACGAUUUGCUGUUGGCAUUUUAUUUCUCGUUGCUUUGAAACUUGUUGAUUUUCAGCAAUUAAAAUUACAUCAGAUGAUCGUAGUAUUUGGUUAUGCAAUUUAUAUUAGUUUUGCUACAACAAUGGCUGAAAUGGCUGCUGAAGAACUUGGUCGAACAGGAAAAGCAGCAGAAAACUUUGUUGAAUUAUUUGAACGCCAAUCGCCCAUUGAGAAUUUCUCGUCCAAUGGAAUGAAAUUGAAUUCAUUUCGUGGCCAAAUUAAUUUUCAUCAAAUAACGUUUUCUUAUCCGACGAGAACUCAUGUGAAAGUCUUAGAUCAAUUUUCAUUGAAAAUCAAUCCGAGGGAAAAGAUUGGUUUAAUUGGUCCGAGUGGAUGUGGAAAAUCAAGUCUUGUCCAUUUACUUCUGCGCUUUUAUGACGUUGACCACGGUCAAUUAUUAAUCGACAAUAACGAAAUUCGCUCAUUGGAUGUAAAUUGGUGGAGAUCCCAAUUAUCAUUAGUUAAUCAAGAUCCAGCUGUCUUUAAUACAACUAUUCGUGAAAAUCUCUUAUUUGGUUGUUCUUAUCAACCAGAUUCGAUUCCAACGAUGGAUCAAAUCAUUCAUGUAGCGAAACUUGUCAAUUUACACGAUUUCAUUUGUUCAUUACCAAAUGGUUAUGAGACAAAUGUUGGUUUCAACGGAACACAAUUGUCUGGCGGACAAAAACAACGAAUUGUCAUCGCUCGUGCUCUUCUUCGACAGACUAAAUGUGUGAUUUUCGAUGAAGCGACAUCGGCGUUAGAUACAAUUAACGAACAACAUCUUCAACAAUCGUUGGAAAAAGAUGGUUUUUAUCACAAUUCCACAGUUAUUAUCAUUGCUCAUCGUUUAUCAACUGUUCGUCAUUGCGAUGUGAUUUAUGUUUUGAAUAAUCAAGGAGAAAUUAUCGAAUCAGGAACACAUGAAACACUUCUCCAAUUACGCGGAAUUUAUUUUCAUUUGAAUAACGAUAUUCUUUAA